AUAUUUAUAAAAUAUAUAUAUUUGGAUAUUUUAAUUAUAUGAUAAUUAUGUUUGUCAAAUAUCAUUUUACUUUAAAUAUUUAUGUAUAUAUGCUGGUGGAAUGAGGGGCCUUAGCAACAAACUCAAAGGACUUAAAACAAUGUUGAGAGAAUGCAACACCAAUACCUUUGGAAACAUCUUCAGGAGGUAAGGCUGGCAGAAGAAGCAGCAAUUACUGCAGAACUAGCUUUUGAUGAAAACCCUACUGAAUGCACACUAGAGGUCUGGUCUAAAUCCAAAGCUAAACUCCUCUUGGCCACUAACAAAGAGGUGGAAUACUGGAGAGAGAAGGCAAACAUCCAUUGGAUGGAUAAAGGAGACUCUAACUCCAAAUUUUUCCACUCAUAUGUUAAAGGUAGAAACUCCAAGCUUACUAUCAAACAUAUCAAAGCAAAAGAUGGUAGAGUCCUCUCCCUCCAGCAAGACAUCCAGCGUGAGGCAAUUCAACACUUCACUGAAACAUUCUCGAAGUCCUCCAUUGAAGGGUUACAAAAUAUCCUGCAAUUCAUUCUCUCAGUUAUCACAGAGGAAGAUAACCAUGCCCUCUCUUGCCUCCCAAUUAUUGAGGAAGUCAGGAAUUCCAUUUGGGACCUUGAUCCGCAUAGCACUAGUGGACCAGAUGGAUACACGGGGGAAAUCUUCAAUAAAACUUGGGGAAUUUUAGGGUCUGACAUUCUAAAGGUUGCACAAGAAUUUUCGCUAGGCAUCCCUACCCCUAAAGCUUAUGAUGCCACACUCAUUACACUGAUCCCCAAAUCCAACACACCCAAGUCCUUCAAUGACUUCCGCCCUAUUUCCCUCUUCACCUUUGUGAGUAAAAUUCACAGUAAACAUCUUGCAAAUAGGCUAAAGGGUAUGUUACACAAACUUAUAUCCCCCCAUGUGGUUAACCUCCUUUUGGCAAACUUGAAAGCCACCUCCUUUUCCAUUCUCAUUAAUGGGCAUCCUGUAGGGUUCUUCCCCAUGGAGAGGGGUAUCAAGCAAGGAGAACCCCUCUCCCCCAUUCUAUACAUCCUAGCUAUGGAAGGAUUCACAAGAACUAUUAACCACUACAUAAGUAUUUCUUUUCUUUGCCCUUUUAAUGAAGGUAAGGAAAACUCAAGAAAGAACACUGCAGCCAGCUACUUGCCCAUUUUGAUAGUUUCUUCAACUCCUGGUAUAACAAGGUCCUCAAUCCUAUGGGGAGACUUGUUGGACAAUGUGCUAUCAUUCAAAGGAGUUGCACUCAAAGCUUCAUCGUCAAAAUAUGUCGAGACAAGCGGCUCUGGAGAAAGUGACAUUCUCGAGUUAUUUAAUCACUUCUUGCAAAAUGAGCUUGAGCAAUUGAAUGAGAGUACAAAGCCUACUUGCUAUGGAUGUGGAGAGCGUGGACAUAUCAAGGGUCAUUGCCCUAAACGAAAAUUCAAGAAGUCCAAAUGCCGAAAGCAAUCCAACUCUAGCUCCUCUUCCUCAUCCGAUGAUGAAGUAGCCAUUUGUCUUAUGGCUCAAAGUGAAUCCGAAGAGGGGGGUCCCGACCAGAAGGUAGAGGGGUUCCGGGCUAAUGGUAGGGGGUACCUUCUCAAGCUGAGUCACGGUACCCCAGAUGGUAACCCUUAUGCAGUUACCGAUUCAGUGAUGGAUUCACUUUUGAUCAAAUUCAUGAUCUCGUUCUUGGCAAGGACGUCAGUAGAAAGAGUUCUGGGGAAUCAUCUGGUGAAUUGUUACAUGACUGUAGAGGAGUGCAAGGAGGUGGGGCAUUUUAGGAAUCAAUGCGUGGAUGAUAAGCAAGUGAACAUUGCUGAAGGCUCCGUGAGUGAUGAGGAGGUCCUUUUGACUUGUUGUGUGGAUAACAAUGUGGAUCCUUGGGUCAUGGAUUCUGGUGCAUCAUUUCAUUCCACCCACAGUGGUGAAGCAUUAUAGAAUCUAGUUAUUAGGGACUUUAGAAAGGUACAACUAGCGGACAAUAGAGCUCUUGAUGUUAU